CCCGGAAGGACUGUUUUUACGAAUGCCAGCUCGGAAAAGAAAAAAUGUUUCACUGGAAUCUAAUUCCAAGAAAAGAAAACUAGAACAAUCGCAAAGUGCCUCAGCACCCAAAAGAAAUCGUCAGGUUUCAGUUAAGUCAACCAAACCUCAGAAGAGAACAGUUCCACAUAAAAGGACUUUGGCUAACCCAUGUGCCAAGAAAAAGCCACCAUCUGCACUGAAUCAGAUAAAGAAACCCACAAAUGCACUUGUAAACAAGAAACCCAUCAGACAGUCCUCUCGGGUUAAACAGGCAGAGGAAAACACUUCUGAAAGCAAACCAAACUCCAGUAAUGUCCUACGUAUUCAAGGGAAAAACUUAAAGACGAGUUCUAAAGCUCCAAAGAAAAACCAGCUUGCAGUCCCAAACUCGCUUCCUAAACGGUUGCCAAGAGAAAGGCAGACUCAACUUAUGUACGGAGAAAACAGCAAGUGUGCAAAGAACACCAGGAAGUCUGUAUCUGGCAAAGCUGGAUCGUCAUUAAAGCCUGUAAAGGAUAUCUCUUCUAAUGAUUCAAAACCACGAGGGAAUGUGAUGACAGAGACUGGGGCAAAAAAGACUGUACCCUUUGGGAAAAUAUCUAAAAAAGCUGGACAACAAGAUAGCUUAGUUAAAAUUCAAGAAGACUCACCCAGACCAAACAGCAAUAAAGCAGCAACUUCAGACUUAUCUGAGAAAAUACCUCUAGACAAAAAGGAUGAAGUGGACAUGAGCCAGAAUCAACUGUCAGGAAAAGAAGUUAAGAAAGAUUCUGCUUCUUCAGUGGUGAUGCUGGGAGGGGUUAAAAAGACCUCGCCUCCAUUGGUGGCACUGUUAAAAGUGAUCAAGGAAUCUACUAUUUAUAAAACAGGGCUAAGUAAGGGGAACUCUUAUACAACAGAUGUACAGGGAAAAGUUCAAAGGAAUUCUUGUUCUUUAGCGGUACAGAGAGAGGGUAUAACAGACUCCAGUGCUUUAGUACAGCAGAAAGAUGAUGCAAGGAAAUCCAGUGAUUUGGAGGGGAAAAUAAUUAAGUGCACUUCUAAGACAAUACAGACACAGGGAGCAGGCAAGAUGGACUCCAGUACUUUAGAUAGGCUGAAUAAUGAUAACUACAGUCCUCUAGAUGCUCAAAAAAGUAAUGAAGACUUAAAGACUUCAAAGAUACAGGGAGAUGUAGAGAUGUACACCAUUCCUUCAGCUGAGCAAAAAGACAAUGAAUCUAUACCUCUUUCUUCAGAGCAACAGAAAGAUAAUAAAAACUCAAAUUCCUCAAAAACUAAGAGGGGCCCCAAGACUGAAGGUUCAGCAGACUCCACUUCAGAGCAACAGGAUGACAAGAAAAACUCCAGUCUUCUGGAGGUUAAAAAUAAAAAAGAUCCUAAGACCUUCAUGUCUAAGAGAGUGUCUGUAGUUAAAAAAUCAAAAACAGGGAAUAUCAAGAAAAAUGCUAAAGCCAGCCCAGGCCCUUCUAGCCAGCGAGAAAUGAAUCCUCAAGCCAAGGCAAGGGCUCGGCGAGCAGCGGAGAAAGCUGCAGUCCCUGAGCCCACCAAACAGCUCAACUUACUUGCACUGUGUGAGGAGAUAGCAGAGGAAAUCGAGUCUGAUACAGUGCAGGUGUGGAAGGAGGAAGACGCCAAGUUGGCGGUGGAGAGCAGGCCACAGCAAGCAGAGCCAGAGGUUGCAGAGGAGCUAGGCAGUGAUGGGGGGGGUGCCCCACCCAAGAUAGUUUGCCCACCAGGACCCCUGCCAGAAACCCCACCCCAGCAGCCAAAAAAACAGUUUUUCAUGAGUCGGAUAGUGGUGCCUUUGAAAAGCAAGGAGAAAAAAAAACUGUCAAGAAUUGAGCAAAUGCGGCAAAUUGAAGUUAUGCGGCAACAGCUCAGCUGGACAAGAAUGAAGAAGAUGAAAAUGGAGCAGGCAAAUGAGAGGAAGUGUCCAGAUAAUGUCCCAAUACCCAGAGUGACUAUGACACCGGCCAUCAUUGCCUCUCAGCCCACCACUGUGGGAGUAAAGGUGUUACAGUCCCAGGUGAAAAAGCCAACGCCUGUCUUGAUAGUACCGCUGCCCAAUGGCAAUAGCAGCAACAAGCGGAAACUUCUUGAACCAAUAUCUUUUAAACCACGAGCAAAAUACUCAGCGGAUGAUUUUGAACUCGACGAGCCUAAACAAACUGCUGCAAAGAGUUCAGAGCAGGCAGCAGUCUCACAGAUUGAACCCAAAGAACUUGCAAAUGAGGGUUUCAUUCUGCAUUUGGAUUCCAGUGCGGAAAGUUCUGCUGUCCAAGCAAACUCUGCUCCACUGAAACAGCUGAAGCUGCCAAAAGAGCAGGAGACUGGAGGGUCUGAACUCAAGCAACCGAUUCAAACACUUUCCAGCAACCAGCGUUCUUCAGAAAACAUGGAUAAGAUACUUUCAUCAGACCAGCCACCUCAGAUGAAGAGUGCCACUCCUCUUUCUGAUGCCAUAAUACACAAAGAAAUAAAGAAGUUAAAGGAAGCAGAAAAAAACAGUGCACUGCAAUUGACCAUCGAUGCUGGUCAGAAGCGGUUUGGGGCCAUUUCCUGUAACAUGUGUGGAAUGUUGUACUCAGCAGCCAAUCCUGAAGACGAGGCACAACACCUGCUGUUCCACAAUCAGUUCAUCAGCGCUGUCAAAUAUGUGGGCUGGAAAAAGGAGAGAAUUCUGGGAGAAUAUCCUGAUGGCAAGAUCAUAGUGGUUCUUCCUGAUGACCCUAAAUAUGCAUUGAAAAAGGUUGAAGAGAUUCGUGAGAUGGUGGACAAAGACCUGGGGUUCCAGCAGGUCGAAACCAAGUGCCCUUCCAACACCAAGACUUUUCUGUUCGUCUCCAAUGAUAAGAAGGUUACUGGCUGUCUGAUAGCCGAACAUAUUCAGGAGGGCUUCAGGGUGAUAGAUGAGAGCGCCCUGCAGGGCUCCGAGGGGGAUAAGGUCAUGUUUGAGCGUCAGCGGGCCUGGUGCUGCUCCACCACCCCAGAGCCAGCCAUCUGUGGCAUCAGCCGCAUCUGGGUGUUCAGCUUGAUGAGACGGAAUGGAAUUGCAUCCAGAUUGCUCGACUGCCUGAGGAGCACCUUUAUCUAUGGUUCUUAUUUAAGUAAAGAAGAAAUUGCAUUCUCAGACCCGACGCCUGAUGGAAAGCUGUUUGCGACCUGUUACUUUGGGACACCGCAGUUCUUGGUCUAUAAUUUUAUCAGCUGCAAUCGCUAAUGAGGAAAGGUUGGCGGAUAACCUUUUUGAAACUCUCUUCUGGACAUAUCAAUAAUAUAACUGGCUCAAUGAAUGCUUUUUCUUUCAUGAAAUGUGUGCAAUGCAGUAAGGGCUGUGAUUGGGGGGGGAAGGGACGGGGGCAUUGGGGGGACAACUGAGGAAGCAUUUACGUGGACGCUGUUGUUGAGCCUUUAAGAGUUAGAAUUGCUUGUUCUUUUUAAGCAUUUCUUAGAAAACACGACCAGAUAAGAGGAAGUUGAAGUUUUGCUAUUCCAAUAACUCAGGUUGUUAAAUAAUAAAAACAAUGAAGUUGGAGAACUAGUUUUUUUUAUGUUUCCAUUCUCUGCGUAGGUCUUUGAUAUUUUAAAAGAAAUAAUAUUUUGUUAAUUUUUUUAAUGCAAACUUAAUGAUGUAUUUUAAAUUAAGAGUUACAUGCAUUCUACUUCUUUCUUUCUCCCAAAAAGGUGUUAGAAAAUGUGAUCUUUUAUUGGAAAUACAUGUGUUACAUAGGUAAUGGAGAUGUACAAUCAAAUCAGAAGUUUGAUUACAUAUUUAAUUGUGGAUACAAAAAUAAACUAACAAACACUUCA